UAAUUGAGGCAUGUAUUUCUAUUUUCAUGAUUAUGUUUAUUGGAAACAAUAAGUUGAAUGGCGCUCUCUCUGAAUCGAAAAGCUCAUCUCUUCUCAAUGUAGAUUUAUCAUACAAUAAUCUAGUUGGGAGCAUUCCUUCUUGGGUCAACGGAACGAGUUUACAGCUUAAUUUAGUUGCCAACAACUUCACCCUUGACAGUUCAAACAGCAGGAAGCUGUCAAGGGACAAUUAUGGAGAUUACGUGAUCCCCAGGGGAAGCCACCAGGUGUAAUGCAGUAGUACAGCUAGCUAGUUUGUAUAUUUAACUUGUGUCUAGUAGAAAUUCUUCCUUCAUUAAGUAUUUGGACUUGUCUGCAGAUUCAAAUUAGUAGAUAUGGGCAAUUUUGAACUGAUGCUCAUGAUUAGGUUUGUGUACAUAAGACAAUGGUGGAUUAGUGAAAAUUUCAAUGAAUGAUUUUGGAUGUGUAUUUUAU